AUGGGCUGGCUCACAUACAUCUCCGAAAAUAAAUGGCUGUGGGUAGCCGCCGCUGUCGCCGUCUUCAGCGCUGGCAAGAUUCGACAAUACUAUCGGCUCCGGAAAUUCGGGGGCCCCUUUAGCACCGGCAUGUCUGAGUUUUGGCACAUUCGCGCUCUUUUCAGCUGGAAACCUCACGACAAAUACAAGGAAGUGUGCGACAAAUACGGAGGGUUCGAUCGAGAGCGGCUCUCCUUAUUUAAUAUCUACUUUGUAGGCUCCAUCGCCCGUAUUGGCCCGAACGACCUCGUAACUUCGUCUCCGGAACUUCUCUUCCACAUGAACUCGAUCCGCUCGCCCUAUACCCGUGCCGACUACUACUAUCUCGCCACGCGUUUCCAAGCUGGCAAGAACCAUGUUUUUAGCGAACUCGACGAAGAAAAGCACAAGCGCCGGAGACAGCAGCUGGCUGCGGGGUAUUCUGGCAAGGACAAUUCUAGGCUAGAACUAUCCAUCGACACGCACAUCACUGAGUUGAUUGACCUCGUCCAUAGCAAAUACCUGUCUACAGAAUCCCGGGCGAACCCAUUCGACUUUGCACGCAAGAUACAGUACUUCACGCUCGAUGUCAUCAGCAACAUUGGCUUCGGCGAGCCCUUUGGCGACCUACGCGCCGAUGCUGACGUCGAUACGUUUGUCGAAUCCGGAGAGAUAGGUCUUGUUGUCAAUGCCGUAUCCAUCGCUCUCGGGCUCACGAAAUUCAUCCACACUCCCAUCAUCUUCAAAUUCCUCGGUCCUUCUGAGAAGGACAAGGUUGGCUUGGGCAAGUUGGUCGCUAACGCCCGGGCCGUCGUUCAAGACAGGCUCAAGCAAGAUACCGAAAAGCGCUCCGACAUGAUUUCAUCUUUCUUCCGUCACGGACUCGCGGAGGAGGAUCUCGUAUCCGAGACCUGUCUGCAAAUCGUUGCAGGUUCCGACACUACCGCCUCUUCGCUUCGUGGAAUCAUGCUAUACCUUUUGACGCAUCCUCGUAUCUACAACAAGCUCCGGGCUGAAAUUGACGCAGCCAUUCGAGACGGACUUGCGCCGCCAUCUCCUGGGGUCAUUUCGGAUGCUCAAUGUCGGAAAUUACCAUAUAUACAUGCAGUUAUCAAAGAAGCAAAUCGAUUGCACCCUCCCGUGACGUCACAACUCCCCAAACGUGUUCCCGAUGGAGGAGAUACCGUUGUCGUCGACGGACAGCCUGUUUUCCUUCCCGGUGGGACGCACAUCAGCUGUGCCAUCGUGGCUCUUAACAGACGAAAGGAUGUAUUUGGCGAGGAUGCCGACGAGUUCCGACCCGAGCGGUGGCUUCUAGAAACGGACGACGCGAAGCUAGCCCUCAUGAAUCGAACACACGAGAUUAUCUUUGGGUAUGGGAAAAACCAGUGUCUUGGGAAGGCUAUAGCCCUCAUGGAAAUUAGCAAGGUCCUUUUCGAGCUGAUACGGAAUUUUGACUGGUCACUGGCCAAUCCCGCCGAGCCCUGGACAGAGCACAAUUACGCUGGACUUUACUCCCACAAGAAUAUAACCGAGAAUGGAGUCCGCAAGGGAAAACGGGUCCAACUACAUAAGGAGCUCGAUGCCUUUCUGGAUGCCUCGAACACUGACCAAGCCAGCAUCGACGCGAUUUCGAAAUAUCUACAAUCUCGAGCCGAUGAAUAUGGCACCAUCGUGGAAAAGUUGCUUCCCGCCGACGAGAUCGAGGAACGCCUGCGGAUCGCCCGCAAGAUCCAAGCGGAGAUUUGGGAUGGGAUUGACGACGAAAAGCUCAAGGAUUUGACUCGAUUGACGGUCCUCCAGCUCGCCAUCAUCAUGACUAUCCCACUCGAGUAUCUCAGACAGAAUGUCUCCGACAGCCUACCAUUUGAUGCGAUCCGCCGUCUUGUUCACCUCUUUCUUCGUGCACCAAGAUAUUUUGCGUCCGAGGAUUAUUAUUCCCCUCCGCCUGGCGAUUCCGGAGCGGAGACAAUCCCAGAGAGAGAAAUGAUCAAACAAAACCGCGAUGAGGGAUUGGAGUGUCGUAAGCGAGAUGGGUAUGGUUGUGUCCUGGGCACCGACGGUGACGAGGUCUGCCACAUCGUUCCAUUUGGUCUCAAUUCGUCCAAGUCGAGUUUUUACAUGACUUCUCGGGCCAAAGCAGCCCACAUUCUCCUUCCAGGGCCGGAUUCGAAGCGCCGAUUCCAAAGCCUCCUCCUAGCCCAUCUUGGCUGCUCGGAUAAGGUAUGGAAUAUGCUGGAUAUUGAUGAAUACAUGCAACAUGCGUGGGCUAGGGCCAGCUUUGCCCUGAAGUGUGUUGGUGUGGUCCCCGAAACCGAACAAGACUCCGCCGUCCAACUUCAGUUUUACUGGAUGCCGAACUCUCAAGCUUUGCCGCAUGGCGCCCAGGAUCUUGACGCAGGUCAGGGCGAGGGAGAGACGAAGACAGGUGACUCUGCCUGGAAGCGAACUGUUAACCUUGACAUGGGCGAAGGUAAAAAGUUGGUGGAGGAUUGGAAACAAGGAAUUUAUCUCAGGGAGCUCGAGGUGUUCGAAACUGGGGAUAUCGGCUACGCUGAAGGGCACCCGCCCGUGAGUUGCCUCCCUCAUUCGGGUGGCAUAUUUCCGAUUAUAGUGACUCCUGCCGACGCUGAAAAGAUGAAAACCAUGCUGGACAUCCAAUGGGCUUGCAUUCAAAUCGCCACCAUGUCCGGCGCGGCUGGAAGUGCCGAGUUUCUCGCUGACGAUACUUUCAACGAGGAUGCGAGGCCCGCCGAACUUCGGAACCAACAUCAGGUUCAUCCGGCCAAGAGGCGCUGCCCUUCCAAUAGAGGAAGCAGUGGAGCGAAUCCGACGCGAAGCCUUCCAUAUCAGCUAGCCGAGGACUUGCCAAGAGCCCUUCCGACGGGAAAUGAGAUGGAGUGGGUAUUGCCUGAGAAGUAG